AACAUCACCUGCUCCCUCUCUAUCUCACUCUCACGCUCACCUUGACUUCUUACCUCAGUUUCGCUCUGUCCUCAAUCCUCUCCAACUUACUGGGUUAGCCGAGUCCUCGUGAUCGACGCCAAUACCACUGCUGGGCCAUCCUCCAUCCCACGCUCUUUGACCACCUGCCGAUCAAUUCAUCCCAUCUGCUGGUGCUGCAAAGUCCUGCCCGUCUCGCCCUCUGUGAAGCUCCUCAUUGCACCCACUCACGACUCCCUCAACACCCUCGGGAAACACCACCCUAGCACUGCUCUCCUCCCACCGACCCACCUCAAACUCAACCAUAUAUAUGACAUUUGCCAAUCCACCGGAUCCCACGGUUCAUCGUCGGUCCACACGGCAACGGCAACAGGUCGCCUUUCCUCCCUCGCGAACAUCCAGCAAGGGGCUGGCUCAAAGACCAGAGGCAGAGGCAGAAGCAGAAGCAGAAGACGUCGGAACAGUACCAGAUGCAAAAGGGAAAAGAGCACGAAGCCAAAGUCUAAAGCCCUAACCACUGAUACCACGAGUGACUGCCACGAGGAACUCAACGCCAUCCGGUAUCGACCUCGGUGGCCCUCCUUGGUUCGACCUGCCGGGCACAAGUUCUUAUCUGCUUUCCACCUUAACCAAGCUGGGACCCGCCUGCUGGAAAUGCCGCAGGCUUUGCUGCCCCUCCCCACGUUCAUUCGCCUUUUGCACGACACGGCCCAUUUCGAGUGACCAACUCCGUUCCCUGCAGUGUUCGAUCAUCGCGCAUUGCUUGCAUGCCCACCUGCGUCUCGAGAUCCUCUCGUGCUCCAAAGCAUAUUGCGCAUCCCACUGUCGCCCUCAAUUCGGUUGAGGGCCCACCCCAUAUCGUCUCGAAGCCACCAUACUAGUUGCUCCCCCUCUGACGACCCUACCCACCUUGUGCUCUCCAAUCUCUCAAAAGGGUGCCAGCUUCCUGCAACACCGAGAACUUUCGCAACGAAGCCUCCCAGUGCCCGUCGCGCUGGCUCCUCCUCAGUUCCCGCUCACUGCUUGUGAGCCCAAUUCCUCACCGGACCGAGCAUCGUCUCGACGACGGCCGAGGCCAUGUCGGUCAUGACCAGUGAGCCGCCUACACCCACACGGACCUCGAGCGGCUUCAGCCUCCUUUCCAAAAUCAAAUCUCACAAGGAAUCCAAAUACCUUAGCCCUUCCAAGCCGCCGGUCCAUCGGACAGGCAGUUAUGGCAGCAACUACGACCAUCCGACGCGAUCGUCGCCCUUCUCACUCCCUGCCCAGGAAGGCGCAGGAGCAAAAGCCCGGCGCCUGAGUGCGGAUCCCCGAGACGAUUUCUUCGUCGAUGUCUGUCCCCUCGAAGACGAAUUCGUCUCGGCUUCCAAGAUAGGCCGUCGGAAAGAGAUCGGGAAGGGCGCGAGCGCAACGGUCAAGAUCAUGCUGCGCAAGGGCGAGAAAAAGAGCGAAGGGACGCCACUGUAUGCUGUCAAAGAAUAUCGCAAGAAGUCUGCAAGGGAAACGGAGGAAGAGUACAUUCGCAAAGUCAAGUCGGAGUAUACGAUCGCCAAAUCCCUCAACCACCCCAACAUUGUGCAAACGGUCCGGUUGUGCACGAACAACGGCCGCUGGAAUCAUGUCAUGGAGUAUUGCCAGCAAGGCGAGCUCUUCAGCCUAGUGGAGCGAAAGUACCUGAAGGCAGAGGACAGGAACUGCAUAUUCAAGCAAGUCCUUCGUGGGGUCAAUUACCUGCAUGAACACGGCAUUGCCCACCGGGAUAUUAAACUCGAAAACCUGCUCAUGACGGACGACGGGCACAUCAAGAUCACUGAUUUUGGUGUCUCGGAGGUCUUCUGUGGCGAUCAUCCCGGCGGCGCUCUCUCCAGAGGACUGUGUGGACAAGGCAUGAGAGAGGCUCGCAAGUCAGCUCCCGGUAUUUGUGGUUCGAAGCCGUACAUCUCACCCGAGGUUUUGGCUCAAGAGAAGGAAUACGACCCCACCAAGCUGGACGUAUGGGGGUGUGCGAUCCUUUUCAUGACCAUGUUUCACAUCGGCAACCCGUGGCAGAGUGCGAGCAAGAAAGAGAUGAACUAUGCUCUCUUCCUGGAAGGCUGGCAAGCGUUUCUGGAGCGAUUCAAGGACUCGGCGAUCGAUGAGAACUGCCAUCCGCAAUGUGGGCCGGUGUUCAAUGCUCUGCCGUCGAAUUCGAUACGGCGGUGUAUCCUCAAGAUGCUCCACCCGGAUCCCGAACAACGAUGCAGCAUCGGCGACGCUCUGAACGAUCGAUGGAUCAAGGGGGUCGACUGCUGUUCACGCGAGGACAUUGGACCGACCUUUGAUGCGAUUGACGUGUCCAAGACGGGGUGUCACAAGGUGGCGGCCAGAAUGAAGGUGCAAGCCAAACAUGACCAUCUGCCGCCACCCGUCAAGCGGCUGCCACAACAUCGCUUUGAUAUGGGAGAUGGCACCUCUCGCUAUGACUGAAGCCGAGAAAAGCCUGAUCCGGCUCGCUUCCGUCCACAGGUAUUUGCAUCUCUUUUUUUGCAUCUUUUAUCCGAGACGGGGAGGCCUCCUUAUCUUCUUUGUUUUCUUCCUUCUGUGGACGACUCUCGGCUGCGUUACGAAGUGCUCGGAAUCGCGGGUGUACAGAGGUCCCUUGGUUGGCAGUUCCAGGUGGGAGUUGUGUAAUGACGUUUUAUGGGUUGUAAGUAUAUACGGGUGUCCUUGGGAUCCCCCCCAAAAAACUGGGUGGUAGACUGCAGUCGCGAUUGCGUUUAGCUGUGGCUAUGGGAUAUACAUAGCAUAUAACAGGUACACCAAAAAGCAAGGCCAAAAACGCUCGAACCAGGGCGAUAGCAGGCAACAACUGGCGUGGAUUAAAAUGGACUGGAAAUUGCCCGUCUUUGAAUA